AUGGUCUCCACCGGCCCGGCGGGUCUUCCAGCUUCUACGAGGAGUGCACCUGGCCAGACGCGAAGGAGGAGACAGGAUGGGCAUCCAAAAACCAGUCCGAAUGCCUGGAGGUCCUUUGUGUCUAAGCUGAUCAUCGAGGAUCUCUCAGUCCCCAAGAGACGAGUCCGCGUGUCUCUGUCCACGCUGAGGAAGGUGUUGGAGUCCACGGGCUUGGACGUGAUGAGAAACUACAUCCGCAUCAAGCUGGGCCUCAGGAGCCUAGAGGAGAAAGACGCCCUGGGCCAGGCCAAGCGCACCCGUGCCCAGAACUCCAUGAACCCUGGCAAGAAUGCCCGCCAGGAACCCCCCAAGGCCAAGCGCAAGAAGCUUCCUGCUACGAGGACCAAGAAGCCGGUGUUACCCCAGAAUUCCAAGUCUCCCAAGAGCAUGAAGACCAGUAGGAGAGCCAAGAAGCGGGGAACCGCAAGCAAAGCCCGUGGGAGUGUCAAUAAGACCGAAGGAGCCGCGGUCAGCCUGAAGAGCGUAGCCAAGACCCCCAGAACUGAGAAGCCGAAGCGGGGAAAGCCCAAACCGACCCAGUAA